GAGGGAGGUAAACACUAGCAGGUAAACACGUCAUGGAUCAGAACCUCGCCUAGUUUACCUCGUAGUUUAUCUCCUGUGUGACCCCUAAGAGCCUGCUGGAGGGCAGUACUGAGGGUGGGAGGUGUGUGAUGAGUAGUACCACGUGACACAAAGCAGUAGGUCCAGAGGUCAAGACAGACAACAGACAGUCCCUCAGCUGUGGUGUCGCCAGAAACAUGAAGAUCAACGAGAAGAAUUUGUGUGCUUACAGUGUUUCCCCAACACACAUUGACAAGGAGGGGUACCUGCUCAAGAAGGGAGAGGUGAACAAGAAUUUCCAGAGGAGAUGGUUUGUACUGAAGGGGAACCUGCUCUUUUACUUUGAGAAGAAGGGCGACCGGGAGCCCAUCGGGGUGAUCAUCCUGGAGGGUUGCACCAUCGAGCUGGCAGAGUGUGAGGACCAGUUCACGUUCAAGCUGGUGUUCCACGGGGGGGGCGGGCGAGUGUAUGUGCUGGCGGCGGACUCGCAGGAAUCCUUGGAGGUGUGGAUGAAGGCCCUGGCCCGCGCCUCCUAUGAUUACCUCAAGCUGAUGGUGGCCGAGCUGCAGAAACAGUUGGACGAGCUUAAUGAUACAGAAAGUCAAGGUAAGGGAGGAGGAGGCGAGGAGGGCCACCCCCCAAAGGCUCCCCACAGGCAGCGGCAGAAUCCCUUCAAUAGGACACAGAGCUCCAACGAGGUCACCCUGGACCCCACCCUGGCCAUGCGCAUGAGGGCCAACACAGUGUCUGGCGGGGGUGUGAGCCAGUACCUGAGCUCGGCGAUCGGAGCGAUGCCCCACCGGACCGCACCGCCGCCCCCAUCCGUGGCCCACAUCCUGGUGAACCGACGCACCUUCGCGCAGAUCCACUCUGAGUACGGCGUGCCCAUCCUGAGGGACAAGGAGCUGUACCUGCAACGCAAGGCCCAGCAGGAGGGAGUGGGGGAUGCCUUCAAGUCUCAGGGGCAGGAGAAGGCAGCCUCUCCGGUGCUAGUGAUGAACUUGGUGGAUAUCUGACCUGGAGAUUAAGCUGCUCUUUCUUCACAUCUGCUUCACUUAACAUAACCCUUUCACUGGUAUUUGCCACAUCUUUUCUUAAUCCAUCAUCACUCUCAUUUCUUCUACUUCAGCCAUCUCAAAAGAUUAUAUGCACUAAAAACUGCAAAAUUGAGCUUUCUUUACAUUUUCUUUGCUUCAUAUAACCCCUUUGCUGCUAUUUGGCACAGCUUUCGUCAAUCCUUCACCACUCUCAGACUUUUCUUCUACUUGUACAGCCACCUCCAAACAUUAUACUCGCUGGAAACUGCCAAAUCUGAUCUUUUUAUCCCCUUUCUGUCUUGUAGAUACAUUCGUACAUUGCUUUUUGUGUUGUGAAGUGUUGCAUAAAGCAGUGAAAGGGUUAAAAAGAUGUUGUAUUGCUAUCUAUCUUCCCUGGGGUAUUUAUUUUGUAGGUGACUCACGUUUGUGUGUGUGUGUGUGUGUGUGUGUGUGUGUAGCAUUUCAGGUAGUGUUUAAUUUAAUUCUGUAUUUAUGAAUAUGUGACAUCUAUUCCUAGAACUUACGAAUGUGUGUGUGUGUGUGUGUGUGUGUGUGUGUGUAGCAUUUGAAUUAAUCUUUAAUUGAAUUCUUUUUGGCCAGUCUGUCUCUACAAAUAUCAGUCAUGUGGAUGUGUGAGUUCAGGCCAGAGAUUGAUUAACGUAUUCAGCCAAGUCAUCUGUGUGGGUGGAGAGUGUUGGCUGAUGAGUGGAGUGGUUGGCUGCUGUGCUGGAGAUCUUGAGCGGGACUGUCUCGUAUGGAAGCUGGUGUGUGACUGAAUGGCAGCAUUCAGUUCAAAUCCUACUUGACCCUGGAUCUGUGCUAAUUAUCCCACUUUUUGAGAUUAUUCUUAGAUUUAAAUUGUUAGUAAAUGCCCAUUACCUAUUUUUCAUUAUUUUGAUGGAAUAUACAUUAAUUCUAACAUCUGAUAUUUAUUAUUGUGUGUCCAUAUGUGUGUGUGUAAGAAUGUCACAUGAGGAGUAUGAAAGGCUGUGAAUUAUGCAUUUAAAAACAUACAGUGAGAUUAUGCAGUCAUUGUGGUCAUGUCAGCAAGUUUAUUAUAAUGUCUCCAUGCACAUUUUUAAGAUGCUUACUACUAUGCACAGGAAUGCUAUUAUAACUACUACAGCUUCUACUAAAUAAUUGUGUUGUUAGGUUUGUCUUUAAUUGUAUUGCUGAAUGAUAGGUGGUUGUCAUGAGUGUGUGUGUGUGUGUGUGUGUGUGUAUGAAAGAAAGAGAUUGAGAGAGUGGCAGACAGAGAAAGCAAAGAAUUAACAUAGAAAUAGGAGGUACUGAUCCUGUGUGUGUGUGGAAGAAAGAGAGAGAGAGAGAGAGAGAGAGAGAAUUAACAUAGAAAUAGAAGGUACUGGAGUGCAGUUUUACAUUUUAUUGAAUUCCAGUGUUACUUUUUGUAGGGAGAAAUUGACAUCCCGUGUUUGCUGUGGUUUUUCAUCUUAGUACUUGUGUUUCUUUUCCAGGCCAUCGUCAUAAUGUCCUCUUUCUUUGUAGUUGUAGUUCAGGAAUUUUGGCCUUCAUGCUCCCAAGGUGUUUCAUAAAUUUUGUAGAUAAUUCAUCUCUUUCUCUUUUAUGUAGUGUAUGUUUUGUUUGUUUCCUUUCAUUGUGAUGUUUUGUGUGUGAAGAAAGUGUGUUAUUCUUUGUAUUACUAUUAUAUUCAUCAUUAUUAUCAUCAGUGAACCUGUGUCUUCUGGUUACAGAAGACACAUCAUCAUCAUCAUCAAUGAACUAAUCUCUCACAUUAAUUAAGAUAAUUCUCCCAUCAGAAUUCAUACAAUCAGUUAUACAUUUUUAGUUAUAUUAUUUUUGGGGGGUUUUAAUCCAUAAUAUCCUGACAUAAUGUUGAAGUAAUACUCUUAUGUUCUUAUUUAUACUUUAAAUCAAUCUUCCCUUUUUCUUUUUUUAUUUUUACUUUACUUCUAUUAUUAUUAUUAUUAUUAUUAUUAUUAUUAUUAUUAUUAUUAUUAUUAUUAUUAUUAUUAAUGUUAUUAUUAUUAUUAUUUAUUUAUUUUUUAUUUAUUUAUUUUGUAUUUUUUUUGCCCACAAUAUCCUGACAGGUAAAGUUUUAUUUUCCCUUUCUUAUUUAUUUCUCCAAUCAACCUUCCCUCCCCUCCUGUUGAUGUGUGGCUGCGGUGUUUUGGUGCCAAAGAUAUUUGUAUUUUUAGUGGUAAUUUCCUCCUAUAAGUGUAAGAAAAUUCAACAAGUAAUUCUGGUUAUAAUUCUACCUUCAACAAUUUUAUCUUCUAUAGUUUUACCUUCCUAUAAUUCUACCUUUUGAUUUAUAAUUCUACCUUAAUUUCUUUACCUCAUGGAAGGUCACAUUUGAGGAGGUCUUGGUCAGGAUGCACCUCAUCAUCUUGCUCAGUCCGCUACUGCCACACUCAUAUAUUCCCUAAAUUCAAUUAUUGGCACACACAGUCACUCGUAAGAACAUAUUGCUAAUCAUUUUGUUCUAUCUCAUAUUUAGUUGACUAUAGUGGAAGAUAUUAAGGUUUUCAUGAUUCUAAUUAUGAUUAUGGUGUUUUCAUGAUUCUAAUGAUACUUCAACAAGGAUCUUUCAUUAUUAUUGGUCAAAAUACCUAUGAGAACUUGACUAUACAUAGUUGUCCCUGUGGUCUGAAAAUUGUCCUGAUGAGAGAACAAACUAACAAACUGUCUAAUAUGAACUAUGAUUUUCCUUUGCCCACACUCAAGCAACAGUCAGCAUUUUGAAGAGCAGUGAAUGGAGCAAAUACAGAGUAAGACUGGGUGUGUAUAUUACCAACAGUCACUCUUAGAUAUCUGUGAGACAACUGUUAUUUGAGUGUGAGUGGAGGAGGACUGACAGCAUUACUAAUAGUGUCACUCCUGUCUUUUGGUUCACUUGCUUCAUUGUGAGUGGAGUGGUCAGUGUGCAUUACCCAUGACUGAGGCCAGAUUUCACAGUUGCUUGGUAAUGCUCCUAACCAAAAAUCUCACCAGCUGGCAUUACCAACACCUUGAUCCAGUUUCACAGUCAUUAUUUUCUUGGUUUCAGAAAUCCUCACUCUACUAACGGUCAAAACAAAGGUCUCUGAUUCCAUAGUGUUCUUUUGCCAGAGUAACUUGGAAAUGCAAGCACUGAUUUGUUGGUAGUAGUGAUCAUAACUCGGUGACAAUCACAGUAGGAAGUGACUAAAUUCUGCCUGAAUGUAGCAAGAGUGAAGUGCAAGCUGAGCAGUAGUGUGCAUCCCGCUUGAGUCCUUACAGCUUUUGGUAUUGGCCUUUUGAUUUAUGUGGUCCCAUCUGUUCUAAGUUAGUACUGGAGGUGAUAGGGACUUGCUGGGGAGAAAGACUUGCCAUGCUACUUGUAUUUGUGUGUCUGUAUGUACAUUGUCUUUCUAUCGUUUUUAAAUAAAGGUCUUCUGCAAA